CUCUCUCUCGGAUCCGAAACGCAAGCGAGAAAAUCGAAAGGCCAGAGAAAGCCAAAAACCAUAACCAAAACAACGCACGAAACCCUAACCCUAACCCUAGGUUCUUCGCCCCCGCACCUUCGAACGCCACCGUCGCUGGUGAAGAAGCCCUUGUCCUGCUCGAUGAUCUCCGGUCGCGGAUCUGGGCGAUGACCGACGUCCGAUGCAAUCGGCUGAAGAUGAUGGGUAGAGGCCCCGAUGGAGGAUGCGGCACUGAGGAGAAGCCCUGUUCCCUCUCGAGGUCCUCUUCUUUGUCUCGUGAUUUUAGAAAUUCUCUUGAUUUCUACUCCCAGGCUCGCAAGGCGCUCUCGGAUCGAUCCCCGUUUGAAUCCGAAGAGGCCCUAUCUAGGGUUCCGACUCUCCCUGCUGUCUUCGCGGCUGCGCUUUCGAACCACUCCGAGGGGAGGCGGAAGCACCGGAAGUCUCAUGGAGAGCCUGCCGCGAAGCCCUCGGCGCAUGGCCGGACGCGGGAUGUGUGGAUAGCGACUGAGGAGUACUUCCGGCCUGUUACUUUGGGUGACAUCGAUGCUUUAAUCCCUAGAGUGCAUUUUGUGUCUCGUCCGGUGGAUUCUUGCCUUUCUAUUCCGGUCUUGGGAGAUGGGAAAGAAGAUGUGAAGAAGGAGGAAGAUUUUGAUUUAGUUCCAGUCGUAGUGACUUCGAGUCCAGUGCCAGUGGCUGCGAUGGAAGAGGCUGUGAAAACUGAUGUUGAAGCAGAUGACGAGCGGAAAGAGAUGGAAAUUGAUGAAAUUGUGGAGAAACAAGGGGAUGAGCCAUCGUCCAUAAAUUGGUUACUAGGUUGCAAGCAUAGAUGCCUUCUUGCUUCUGAGAGGCCAAACAAGAAACGCAAGUUAUUGGGAGAAGACGCUGGCUUGGAUCGGUUGCUUUUACUCCCUGGUUCCCAAGCAGAAGGCUUGCCUUUAUGUGAUUUCUGUUGCUCAGUGGAGUCUUGCGUGAGCUCAAAUAAGUUUCUUACAUGUGAAUCUUGCAAGGUCACCGUGCAUCAGAAAUGCUAUGGCGUGCGUGAAGUUCCCAAAGAGGCUUGGCUAUGCUCUUGGUGUAGGCAGCCGGAAACAGUGAGGAAAUCAUCCAAAAAGGGUAGUGAUGAACUAAAUGUGAGGCCGUGCUUGCUUUGUGCGAAAGUAGGGGGUGCACUAAAACCUUUGGCAGGGGAUUCUGGUGGCAGAUUAAGGGGUGCUGCUGCCAAAUUUGCACACUUGUUUUGCAGUCUAUGGGCGCCAGAAUUGUUUGUUGAGGAUACUGAGGCAAUGGAACCUUUAAUGAACUUUGGAGGGAUACAAGAGACGAGGAAGAAACUAGUUUGCAAUGUGUGCAAGGUGAAGCAUGGUGUAUGCGUACGAUGUAGCCAUGGAACAUGCAGAACAUCAUUCCAUCCUGUUUGUGCAAGAGAAGCAAAACACCGUAUGGAGGUCUGGGGAAAGGUGUCACAUGAUAAUGUUGAGUUGAGAGCCUUCUGCUCAAAACACUCGGUUCCUCAAAAUAAUGGCCAUUCAGAGAUUUCUGGGAACCUAAUCACAUGUUCUGGGGAUGGUUCUUCAAUAGUUAAAGGCUCACCAACAGCUUUAGUGAAAUCCAGGUUGCCCAAGUUAAGACUCAGUCAAAAGAACAGAGAUGCAAGCGUGGUACAAAAUAAAUCUACGGGUUCAGGCUUUGAGAAAAUGGAUACAAGGAAGGUUUCUUUGGAAGAUGACACUGUUACUGUUAGGCUUGAUUUUGAUGGUGAAGCACAACCAGAUAAGAGUGGAGAUAGUGAAAUUGAUCAUAAUAACAGUGUGUCAAAUGGUCUUAAUCUUGCUCUCAUUCUGCGAAAGUUAAUUGAUCGGGGAAAAAUCAAUGUUCGUGAUUUUGCAUCAGAGAUGGACAUUUCUCCGGAUUCCUUGGAGGCAGCCCUUGUGGGUGAGACUUCAUCUUUCUCGCCGGGAUUAAGGUCUAAAAUUGUCAAGUGGCUUCAAGAUUCUGCUCAUGUGCCUGCUUAUGUGGGACAUUUGAAACAUAGAAGUGUAUCUGCGUUGCCGUCGAGCAAUAAACUUGCAAUGGUCAAUCCUGCUAAAGUAACAGAUCCAUAUGUUCCUGUUGCUGUCACAGUUGCUGGACUUGAUGUGCCAGAUGAUGUGCUUAUCAAGUCAUUGCCACCAAGGAGAAGAACCAAAAGCAACAUCAGAAUUUUGAAAGAUAAUAAAGCAUUGUGUUCAUCUGAUGAUACUUUUAGCGAAGAGAAAGAUAAAAAAUUGGCUAGUGAUCUCGAAGUUCCAAUCGUGCUUUCCAAAGAUUCAAGCAGAGAUGUCAAUAAUAACAAUACUCAUAUUGGUGAUCAAGAUUUCUCCUUUGAAGGGAAAGAUUCUCUUAAUCCGAUUUUGGAUGACACUCCAAAGCGUCCUAUAUCAACAUCGCUCUUGAAUUCAGCUUCAGAAGAAAAUCUAGGGAAAAUCAAUAGACCGGGACUUGAAUAAGAGGCACAGACACAGCUGCAAGAUUCAGUAGAGAGAGUUCCAUCUAUUGAUUCUGGCAUUGACCAAACAGAUGGUGAUAUUGUGAAUGUUCAUAAUAUCUUGCAAGGGGACAAGUUGGCCCAUCAAGAUCAUGAUGUCGAUGCAGCUGUUUCGGGUAUCCCUGAUACCAAUGUUGCUGGUACAUGUGCUGGUUCUUGUAUUCAUCCAUUCAUCCAAAUGAGGCUCAAGCACAUGGGAAAUCCAACACUUUUUAGCAAGAAAAAUGGUGAAGCUAACGGCAAUGGUCGUGUUGCGAUGCAUAUCUCCUCCGAGAUGGAUACUUCACCUACUUCCUAUAAGCACCAAUGUUUUCAUUCUAGCUGCCCUGAUGCAAGCAAUGGUGCAUCUAGUACUGAUGUUGACCUGUUAUCUAAAGCCAAAAAUAUGGGCAUCUUGGAGCAUUCUCCCGGGGAUGAAGUUGAAGGAGAAUUGCUCUACUUACAAACCAAGCUACUUGAUAAUGCUGUUGCUGUCCAGCGUACAUGUGAAGAUCUACUAUUUAGCGUAGUCCGCAAUCUUCCUCGAGAGCUUGAUGCAGUGAACAAGCAAAGGUGGGAUCUUGUACUGGUCAAUCAGUUUCUUCGUGAAGUCCGAGAAGCAAAGAAACGCGGUCGGAGAGAGAAAAGGCACAAAGAAGCGCAAGCUGUUCUUGCUGCUGCAGCUGCUGCUGUAGCAGCUUCCUCAAGGAAUUCUUCAUUACGAAAAGAUCAAGUUGAUGACAUGAUUACUAGCCAUCAUGAGAGUCCCCAAAAGAUUGGAACUGUGAUGGGGAGAACUGCAUCUCCUCUUGUCCCACAAGUGAAGGAUAACAUGAGGACAUCUGUUGCUAAAAUACUUUCUGAUAAGCAUUCGGAUGUUUUUCAGAUACCUGAUAUUUUGAAAGGAAAUACUCUGGCUUGUGAGAUCUGCAGGCGAGCUGAGACGAUGUUGAAUCGGAUUUUCGUUUGUUCAAGUUGUAAGGUCGCAGUUCACUUGGAUUGUUAUCAAAAGCUGAAAAAUCCCAUCAUGUCCUGGAAAUGUGAGCUUUGCGAGGACUUGGCAUCACGUUCUAGAAGCCCUGGUUAUCCAACAAUGGACAGUAUGGAGAUAUCAGGUGCCACUAUUGCUGAUUGUGCUUUGUGUGGUGGUGGAAGUGGGGCCUUCAGAAAGACGGCAGAUGGGCGCUGGGUUCAUGCUUUCUGUGCCGAGUGGUUGCUGCAAUCAACAUUCAGAAGGGGACAACAAAAUCCCAUAGAAGGAUUGGAUGCGGUUUCUAAGGAAAACAACAUGCUGUCUUGCUGUAUCUGUCAUCACAAAGUUGGUGCCUAUGUUAAGUGCAGCUAUGGACAGUGUCAAAUUGCUUUUCACCCUACUUGUGCUCGGAACACUGGUUUGUACAUGAACGUAAAGACGGUUGGUGGCAGAUUACAGCAUAAGGCUUAUUGUGACAAGCAUAGUUUAGAACAGAGAGAGAUUGAUAUCCAACAACAUGGGGCUGAAGAGCUUAAAAAUAUAAGACAAAUACGGGUUGAACUUGAGAAAAUCCGCCUUCUUUGUGAGCGAAUCGUGAAAAGGGAAAAGCUUAAGAAAGACCUGGCCCUUUGCUCACAUGAGAUACUCGCAUCAAGAAGAGACAGCAUUGCUUUCUCAAUGCUUGUACGAAGUUCAUACUUCCAUCAUGGGGUUAGCUCAGAAUCUGCCACCACUUCUAUAAACAACAAGUCUUAUAGUGGGACAAUCCAAAGGUCUGAUGACGUAACGGUGGACAGUAUGGUUUCUGGGAGGCGUGUGUUGAGACUCCCAUUGCGUAGAGAUGUUGAGGGAAAGAACGAUGACAGCUCAACAUCUCCAUUGGCAGUCAAACGCAAAUUAUCUGACAGGACAGCUUUCUCAAGCAAGCAACUUCCUCACAGACCAACAUCUGUUGCUUUACGAAAUUCUAAGGAAGAUGAACAAAAGCCCAAGGCAAGAAAGCAUGCAGAAGUUUUUCAAAAAGAAUUGGUGAUGACUUCAGAUGAAGCGUCAAUGCAGAAUCAACGGCUUCCAAAAGGAUUUGCUUACGUCCCUAUCAGCACCCUUGCAAAUAACACACCACCCCCUUGUGAUUCAGAGUCUCAUGAACCACAAGAGCCUGGUGGGUAGGAUGAAAAAGGGAAAAGCUGUUGGUUUAUUCAGUUUCACUCUUCCUGGCUACAAUGACAAUCCCUGAAAUACAAAUUCAGUAAAGAUGCUGAACCUUGAUCAGAACUACUCUGACAGAAGGUCAAAGUCUUAUGGAGAUGAAGGGAUGCAUUUGGCCAAGGUUCACCAGAUCAGAAGUUUUGAUGUCUGAUUUGUACAACUAACUGAGCGCAAUUGUACAAAAGGUGAGAGUUCCAUUAAAUGUAUGAUGCAGGAUUUUGGCAGUGGAUGCCUGCCUGCUUUGCCUGCUGGGCCUUGAUCAGCUCAGUUUGAAGGGCCAUAGAAAGAACCUGGGCUCUUUCCUUUCAACUGUAAAUGGGUGAGGGUCUAAAUAGUUAUUGUUUCAAAUCUUUGUACAGCCAUUCUGUAAAUUCUUGCUUGUGCCAGUCUUUUUUCUUCAUGAUUUCAUUUAACAAGCACAGUUGUUCUCACUUGGGUUGAGCUAUAUGCUUUAGUUCUAGUUCUUUCCCAAUGUCAAUAUGGAAAUUUGUCUGCUGUUCAAGGAUGUCUUUCGGCCGCUUACACUUUCCUGUUAGAUUCUGAGAUGGUCAAUAAUGUCGCUGGAAUUAUUUUAGUUUCUGAUUUAAGACAGCAUGCUAUGUACUAUACCGAGUGUGUAUUUAUUUAUUUAUUUAUUUUUUA